AGUCUUCUAUUAUGGCUCAAACAGCAGGUCAAUUACUAGGUCAAGCCGUUCCAGUUUGCCAAUGGAUCCCGCAAAAUACACUUAAUACAACUUCAACAAUACCUGCUUACCCACGAUUUCCAGACAACGUGAGGGAAUGGAUCGGAUUCUUAAUACCACAAGGAGCAGGAUUUGUUGCAACACCUGCCGUAUUUUUAGGUGCUUCUGACUAUGUUUUAUGCACUAAUAAUUACACAGUGGCCAAGAUGCCGGUGGAAAUGAAAACGCGCUACAAUCUUGAUUUACGCGGUUAUGAUUUCUGGCAAAUUUAUCGAUAUAACGACCGGCGUGGAAUAAUGAAUCCAAGAUUUGGAGACCGAAGAUUCGAUCCAAAUUUUAGAUUCAAGAAACGUAUCCUAUCGCAGAUAUUUGGUGAAAUGGCCUGUAAUGGCCUCCAUUAUGGUAUUUUAUCAAAUUAUAUUGAUACGUAUUUUCUCAAGCGAGAAGAAACAAAUCCAACCACCCUUUAUAUUUCCCGUGUUGUUCAACCCACUGAUACUAAUCCGACUUUACGCGAAUGCGUUUACUAUAUCAGCCAACUUGCCAUUAAUGAUAAUGUUGGUAAUAGAUUGGGACGUGUAGUGCUUGACAGUUAUUCAUCUAAUGAUGAUGAUGAUGAUGACGACUCUAGUAGUAAACCAAUUGCGAGUUCAUCCAAGGGAAUUACUACUGUAGAUAAGUACAUAGGUGGCGGAUCAUUUGGAAAAGUUUUUUCUGGAUAUUAUGAUAAUCAAGAUGUAGCAUGGAAGACUUGUGAUGCAUAUAAGAAGCAAGAGGAGAUGAAAACGCUAAAGCAUGAAGCUCAUAUAUAUUCUAUUUUGAAAGAAUGUCAAGGUCGUGAUAUUCCACGUUUGUUCUACAACGGUUACAUUUAUGACGGAUAUCUUUUUGCAUUAGCGUUACAAUUAAUUGAGAGCGCCCAUCACGUUGAUCCGGAAAGACUCACUAAAGAGGAAAAAAAGUUAAUAGUCAAUCAGCUAAAGUCAAUACAUAAUUGUGGCGUCCUACACAAUGAUAUCUCAGAAAAAAAUAUUCUAUAUGAACCAAAGAGUCGCCAUUACUUUUUUAUUGAUUUUGGCUUGAGUGAGGUCGUGGGUAGUGAGUCGCCGAAAUUGCGCCAGGAAGAAAGAAGAUUAAAAAAAUUUUUAAAACUUUAAAUAUUUGGACGCAUAGGACUAUACCGCAUUAUCACACUAGAUGAAGAAUAAUUAUUAUUAUUGCAAGCUACAAUGUAUAUAUUACUUUCAUUUUAAAUCAUAAAAUGUAAUAAAUCAUAAAAUAAAUCAUAUAUUUUGCACAACUUAUUUCCCAAUACAUAUUUAUUAAAUAGGGAU